AUGGAGAAAGCAAUUGAUCAUUCUCAUUCAUCAUUCAAAUUUAGACUCUUCAAAGCCUUUUUUCUGUGUUUUGCACUUGUUUCAUCUCUAACUUCAAUUUCUCUUCAUCUCUCUUUCUUGCUUCCUUUUUUCUCACUAUUAGUUCUGUCAUCUCUUCUGCUUUUUAACUUCAUCCACAAGAAGAGCUCAAUCUCUGAUGAAAUAUUACUUCAAGAAGCCAAACAGAAGCCAGAAAAUGAGACUAUUGUGCAGGAGUACGACGAAGAUGAAUGUGAUUUCACAAUGAGCAAUGAUUUUGAGCUUCGUUCGAGUUUGAUUUCUUGUGAAAAUAGUAUGUUUUCGAGUGUGAUUUCAUCGGAUGAUGAAUCGAUCACUGAUGGUGAUGAUGAAGACUAUCUAAUUGAAAUCCCCCUGCCAGAGCAAGUGACUGGUUUAAAACAAGGGAAGAAGAAGAAGAAGAAGAAGUUGGACACAGACGAAUUGCUGGAUUUGCUGCCUGAAUCACUUUUGGAACAAGAAGGGCUUGCUCAAUUACUUUCAGAGAUUAAUGGGGAAGAUAAUUUGAUUGAGAUUGACAUUUCAGUUGGAUCAAUCAGAUGUUAA